GUCGAUGAAGGUCCUGGGUGGCGUGUUUUUAGCCAAAGCGUUUCAAAAAACCGAUUGCAUGGGCCCGUGGUCGCGGGUCGUGGCGGCCCUAGACGCGCUCGAGGCGGCCUUGGGCCCGCUCCUCGUCGCGACCGGUCUCUGCCUCUCGGCCUUUAUGCUCUACGCCUUCCUCUACGCGAUGCUCCCGCCUCUCUACGCGCUCCACGGCGCGUGCAUCGCGUUCGGCCACGGCGCGCUGGGGCUCUUUCUCUUUGCGCAAAUGCUUUGGAACCACGUGUCGUGCAUUCGCAGCAGCCCCGGCGAGAUGAGCUUGAUGCCCACGAUCUACGAAGAUGCGACUCUGUGCGACUACUGCAACGCGCCGCAGCCACCGCGCUGCACGCACUGCCACGCGUGCGAAGCGUGCAUUCUCGAGCUCGACCACCACUGCGUUUGGAUGAACAACUGCAUUGGCUACUACAACUACCGGUACUUUUGGCUCUACCUCCUCUACGGCUGGCUCAACUGCGCCCACGUCGCGUACCUUGCGGACGCGGCCAUGGCUCAGCGCUCACCGGACCUCUCGUUCUCGGACCAAGUGCUCUUGCGUUUCCCGUACGUGAUCUGCGUCGGCUUGUCCCUCGCGCUUUUUACACUCUGGGUCGUCCAUGUCUACUUGCUUCUCGCCGGCCAAACGACGUUGGAUCUGCUACGGAGUGAGCCGCUGCGCAAGACGCUCUCGGUGACGGCGAUGCGCCGAAACGUCGAGCGCGUCUUUGGCUCGCCGUGGUGGCGUGCGAUGGUGUUGCCGACGCUCGCUCCGCGACCGGAGAAGCGCCACCGCAAGCUGAGCAGCGUCCACCACCUCGUUGCAGUGUAGAUCCAAUACGAUAAGAAAAUGCUGUUUGUAGUUGUCCA